CGGCGAUGCCCCUGCCCCUUGUGGUGAUGUCCCUGCAUUCAUCAGCCAAGGAGGCUUCCCAUGCGUCGCUGGAGGCUUCACUGCCUCAAAACCUACCCACCACUACGCCAAUCCCACCCCAACCCCACCUCAGGCGAGCCCUUCGCGGACGCCUACACCGGCUGGAUCCCCGAGUCUGACCCGCACCCCCUCACAACCCCCGACAUCAGCCCCCUCGCCUUCACCCUCCGUGCCUUCGACGAGGAGCCCGGAGCCGCCGCCUCCGCCGCCACCGCCGCUGCCCUGGCUGCAGUGGAUCGCCAACUCACGAUGCUGCGAGCGGGAUCCAUGAUGUCUGGGUCCGCCUCGAGCUUCUACGGCGGUUUCGGAGGAGGAGUGGGAUUUGGGGGAGGAGGGGCGCUUGGAGGGGGAGGCGGGAGCAGCAGGUAUGCGCCUUCGGAGGGGCUUAUGAUGCUGGCGGCGGCGGUGUCGGGGCGGCUGCCGCCGCCGCGGGCUGGCGCGCAUGCGCUGUUUGCUGCGUGGGCUGCGUCGCGGCGUGCGAGCGAGUUCUUCGACGGGCACACGUGCAGGCGGCUGUGUUUCACACGGAGCUGGAGUCUGAGGCUGGCUGCUGCGGAGCAGAUGUCGGUCCCGCUGGUGGGCGCAGCGCACCUGGUAGGGGGCUGCCUGCCGGAUAGCAGCUCCCACCCCUUCCUCAGGGCGGUGGCGCUGAUGCCAGCAGCAGCAGGGGGUGGGGGUGGAGGCGGGGGUGGGGGUGGGGUUGCGGGUGCGGGGCAGCGCCGCCGGGGCAGCUGGCGGCCGGACCCUUCUGAGGAGCUGCAGGACAAGGAUGAGGGGGACAAGCAGGAGGAGGAGGAGGAGGACAUGGAUAUUGGUGUGACAGGUUCAGACAUGUCGCCCGGCGGCCGGGUCACGGAGGCCCACGUCACCGUCACCAUCCUGCCCACCUCCAGCGCCCGCCGCCGCAAUAUUACCCGCAACACCAGCCGCAACACCAGCCGCAGCGGCAGCACCCGCCGCAACGCCGCAUGCAGCGACGGUGCCCCCCUGCCUGAGCCCCAGCCCAUGUUCGCCACCGGCGCUUGCUACUCGCUGGCAGACGCCGAGGAGUUCCUGGACGACCCGGGCAUGUUGGGUUUGGCGGAGCUGCUUGAAGCCGCCGUCACAAAGGCGUGCAAGGCGGCCGGCGGAAGUGGGAAGAAGGACGCGGCGGGGUCUAACGGGGACGCACGGAUCAGCGGCAGCGGGAAAGGAGGCGGUCAGGAGGGGAAGAGGAGUGCUUCGGGCAAGGCCGAGGGUGGUGAGGCGGGUGGGGGAGCUGGCGGGGAGGCGGAGGCGCGAGGGCUGCCGGUGUCGGAGUCGUCAUUCCGGAGCCUGCGGCGACAUGGGGAUGCGCCGCUGUGGGGUAUUAUGCACUCAUCGGACUACGCCAAACGCGCGAAGGCGGCUUUCAACACGCUCUGGGACGAGGCGGCACGUCGGGGUGUUGAGCGAUUGGGUCUCAAGGGUCAAGCAUGAGGGCUUGGCAGGAGGAUGGGAGGGCUUGGCAGGAGGGCAGGGAGGAGGAGGAAGCUAGAUGUGGUUGUCCCGGAGCUGGGUGGAUGGCUGUUGGGGCUGUGACCCAUGGGUCCGUCGCAACGAAUGCAGGCAGGAGUGCGCAGCAGCGGCCGCCGUGGCUUGUGGUUUUGGUGCAAGGGUGAAUGGUGAGAUGGUGUUUUGCUACUUAGCAUAUACCAGUAAGGAGAAAGGAUGCAGGAUGCUGCUUUUGUGUUGUGUCUGUGUGGUCGUGCGCUGGUAAGGAAGGAGCGGGCUUGGAUGGGUCUCUGCGGGUGUAUUGGAGACGUUUUACAGAAUGUGUCGAUGCAGGGCAGGCAGGUUUGCCGUGCUGGCUUACCUGCAUUUAGUGCUAUGGUACAUUAGGUUUUGAAUCCUCCGCAUAAUAUGCGGCUACAUUCCUUGAUAAGUCUUUUAACUCUUUAUGCUGACCCCGUGGAUAGAGCUGCAGUAUAUCGUUGCGUGCGGCUAGACCACGCAUCGACGUGACUCCUUCCAUGCUCGUAGUUCAAGUGCUGGCGGUGGUUGGUAAGGAUGGGAUAUGAUUCGCAUGCCGUGAUCUCUGUGUGGUGUCUGCGAUUCGCCAGAAUGUCGUGUGGGUGCCAGUGUUUUGCUAAUAAUAGCCGGUCCUCCACUGUUAAUGACAAGGUUUUGAUGGUUAAUGACUUGAUGAUUACAGCGCACAAUACAUGUUGACUUUAAGUGCACAGCGCAAGGUGUGCCUGCGGCAGGGGAGCUACUGUUUGAGAUGUGUGCAGCUGGCUGCCAGCAUGCAGCGUUUUGGAAAAAAAAUAGAAAAAUCCGCAUAAUGUGUGGGAAGCGCCCUUCCUUGUGCGCACUGACAAUUUGUGUUGUGCCAUUAGAAAAAAAGAUAUGUCAGGAAAACUGCAGGGUUUGGGAUAGCAUUGUAUGUGUGGGGUUUUGGUUGGGACGGUUGGUGUAUCACACUUGUUUAAUUGGGUAGGGUCAACUUCCUGACCUUCCAGGGUAAACAUAGUUUGUUUCGGUCCCGUUAAGUCGUGGUUUUAUGGAAGCGGGCCCUUGAUUUCUCUACGCAUGAUUCCUCUAAUAUUUAGGACGGCCUAUGCCGGCUUUAGCUCGCAGCAACCUGCCGGUUAUGGGCCUUAUUGAUGCUUAUGGGCCUUACUAAUGCUAGCGUGUGCAAGGGUAUUGCCGUACCGUACGUGAGUACGACAUGGAAAGAUGGAGUAUACCGUGUGGGUUUAUGAAGUGUGGGUUUAUGAGGAGGCUGGCAUGGGCUUGGUCUCCUGGCCAGGACUGGUCCACUGUAGGAGGCAAGGUGUGGGGUGAUGCGAGUAAAACGAGGAAACUGACGAGCUGUAUGACAGGGCUUCACCAUUUGGGUGGGUGGGGGGGGGGCAUGAGGUGACGCCUUCUGGUGAGGCUUCCAGUAUCCCUCUUUCAUGCCAUGCAGUCCUCGGCGUCUGUCUGUCUUCGAUAUGGCGUUAGAACUUCAAAGGUUUUGAGACUUCUUGCUGAAAGUUCUUGCCCCCUAAUAUAAUAAUAUAUAUAAUAUAAUAAUAGUUCGGUACUAUCCCUGUUGGAGCUUGGACGUCUCACCCACACCUACCGUGGAGGUAGGGAGGGGCCCAAACACAGACCCGCUGCCGGGGCGGAUCUGGGGCGGAACACAAGUGUGCGGGUAUACAUUGGGGGACUGGUGUCGCGUUGUUUAAGAAGCUAUCGUCCGCGUAUGAGGAUGUGUUGGGAGUAUGGAGGAGGGAGCAGUGCCGGGGUUAUCUUGACGCGUCGUAGUAAAAGCGCUGUUCCCGUAGCUCGUUGUGGCUGUGAAGUCAGUGUAUCGGUAUACAAGUGAUGCUAUAUGCCGAUGCUGCGCAACAUGGACUGUUGGCGCAGGCGUUGUUGGUGUUGUGGUUGUCAUCAACCAAGAAUAUGUAUGUAGUAUAGUCGCUGUCGGUGACGCUGGUUUGCAUGCGGCCUUCAUGUGCUCCUGUAAGAAUACGGUAUGCGCUG